CUAAUGAGGUUCAUUAGUCCAAAUGCACAAAAUUAAGCUUAGCUAGCGACUAAUUAAUGGAUCUUUCUCUCUUAUUCCCACCACAAUAUUCUAUGUUUGCCAUCCUUGGCUUUCCACUGCUCCUAUUCUCUUUUCUGUGGAUAUCAAACAAUCUCUUCAAAAACAAGAAGAGAGAAGUACCACAAGCUGGUGGUGCAUGGCCGCUAAUCGGCCAUCUUCACCUCCUUGGGGGGUCACAACCACUCUAUAUUACCCUUGGUAACAUGGCGGAUAAGUACGGACCAAUCUUCACCAUCAAGUUUGGUUCGCAUAAAGUUUUGGUGGUGAAUAAUUCUGAAAUUGCUAAAGAGUGCCUCACUAUCAAUGACAAAGCCUUCGCCAGUCGACCAAAGUUUGUCUUCACGGAGCUCUUGGGAUACGACCGCUCCAUGUUUGGCUUCGCCCCUUAUGGACCUUAUUGGCGUCAAGUUCGAAAGAUCGCCACUCUCCAGCUCCUCUCAAACUACCGACUCGAGAUGUUCAGACAUGCUCGAGAAUCCACAAUAUAUGCAUCUCUACAAGAGUUAUAUGGACUAUGGAAAAAACAGAGAGAUAGCUCUGAUAAAGCAUCGGUGGACAUGAAAAAAUGGUUUACGGAUGCAAUUCGUAACGUGAUGGCGAAGAUUAUUGUAGGGAAGCAGCCGAAUAGUAGUGAUGCAGAGAGUGAAAGAUGGAUAAGGUUGUUGAAAGAAUUCAUGGAAUUAAGUGGGAGGUUUGUGUUAGGAGAUGCUUUACCUUUUUUGAGAUGGUUGGACAUAGGCGGUGAUGAGAAGACCAUGAAAAAAACGGCAGCCGAACUAGACCAAGUUGUAGAGGAAUGGUUACAAGAACACAAGCACCGAAGAAUCUCAGAUGAAACCAAAAGCGAUGAAGACUUCAUGGAUGCUAUGCUAUCAGUUCUUGGUGUCGAUAAUGAACAACUUGCUGAUAUCACUAUCAAAGCAACUUGUUUGGGAUUGACCCUUGCGAGCGUAGAGACCUCAGCAGUAACAUUGAUGUGGGCUUUGUCUUUACUACUAAACAAUCGGCAUGCUUUGAAAAAGUUGCAACAUGAAAUAGACACCAUUGUUGGUGAAGAAAGGAAAGUGAACGAAUCAGACUUAAAAAAUCUUGAUUAUCUUCAAGCAAUUAUCAAAGAAACAAUGCGUUUAUAUCCAGCUGCACCCCUCUUAUUACCUCACCAGUCAACUGAAGAUUGCAUUGUGAGUGGCUAUAAUAUUCCUGCAGGGAUUGUUAUGUUCAUCAAUCUUCCUAAAAUUCAACGCGACUCGUCCAUCUGGAUGGAUCCUGAUGAAUUCCAACCAGAAAGAUUUCUGGUGAGUAAUAAGGAGGUUGAUGUUAAAGGUAAGAAUUUUGAGCUGAUACCGUUUGGUAGUGGGAGAAGGAUAUGCCCUGGGAUCAACCUUGCGCUUCAAGUUAUGCAGCUUACCCUGGCUAAUUUGGUGCACGGAUUUGAGAUUUCAACCUUGUUAGACCAACCAGUUGAUAUGCAGGCAGGAGUAGGUCUGACCAAUUCUAAAGCUGCUCCACUUGAAGUCCUUAUAAUCCCGCGCCUUCCUGCUGGAGCUUAUUAAGAAGUGAAUUAAGGGCAUUAGCAAAAAGGCAUAUCACCGCAUGCGUGUGUUUUGUUUUGUGUUUCUCUUUUUUUUUUUUUCCUCCCAAAAUAAUGUUGGCCAGUUGCA